AUGGACGUUGUGCAGCUUGCUACAGAGUUUGAAAGCACCAUCCUGGCUAAUGGUGUCAUCCUCACUUCAGCUAUGAAUCAUCACGACCAUGUUUCGAAAGCAAAGAAUUCAAUUAAAUUCAACCUCCGUGUAUCUAUGUGUGAACUCACUGGUGAUGCAAAAGGUACAGGGUACAAGAUAAGAGAUAAGAUGGUGAUCAGAGAUGCUGUACAAGAAGAUGAUGGGGACGUCACAAGGCAGUACAAGAACCACCUGCAAUGGGUCAAUCCUUCGGAUCUAAAAGGAGGCAUAAACACCCUUGAGAAAGUGGCAGAGGCCUUGUCAAAGAUGACAUGCUGUUUCGUCAAGAUCACUCAAGAUGAGGUCGAAGAACAGCAGCACCGUAUUGCUGCUGGGGAGAAACUCACCCCAGAGUUGGAACCACCUGUUCCUCUCGACGACAUUCCCAAACCACUCAUUCCUCUCGAUGAUGUUCCAAAUGAAAUUGUUAAGACUGUGCUCAAAGGGCGGAUCCGAAGGGCUUGGCUUCAGCUCGUGCGCUGCGCCCCUUACCCGAUACACCCGGAGAAUAGGGGCUUUAGUCCGGCGGACGUGGGGGACAGAACAGACAGGUAUAAGGACAGAAAGACAGGAAGUCCGAGAGGACAGGAUGUCCGAAAGGACAGAAGGACAGGAUGUCCGAAAGGACAGAAGCUAGAGAAACUGACAGAGGUAGACUACCCGAAGGUAGAGGCAGAGUAUAGCCCGAGGAAUCAAUCCCAGGACACAGAGGUUGGACAGGGAAGUGGACCCGGGCCCAUGGAAAUGGACCCGGGCCCGAGGAAACAGGAAUGA